AUGCGGUUCAUGCAGUUCCGGGCCAAGGACAGCUACUCCCUCGCGCUUUCCAAGCUGGAGAAGGCUCUGCCCUGCUCGGCCGCCCUGACGCCAGCGGUCAAGUGCGUGGACCCAGGGCCACCGAGACUGGCCACUUGCUGCUCUGGGGACGGGGCUGUAGGGAGGCACAGGGCGGCGGGCACAGCGGGCUCGGUGCUCCUUUCUGUACAGCCAAGGCCCCUUGAAGCACGCUGCCGGGUCCUGGACCCGGUGCGGGCUGGCGAGCUGGGCGUGCACCCCGCCCCCCGAGACCGCGUGCUGACGGCUGCCCCGCCCCCAGUCUCCAUCGACUCCAUCCAGGAGGUGAGCGAGGGCCGGCAGUCGGAGGUCUUCCAGCGCUACCCCGAGGGCAGCUUCGACCCCAACUGCUGCUUCAGCAUCUACCACGGGGGCCACCGCGAGUCGCUUGCCCUCGUCUCCUCCAGCGGCGACGAGGCGCGCACCUGGGUCACCGGCCUGCGCUACCUCAUGGCCGGCAUCAGCGACGAGGACAGCCUGGCCCGGCGCCAGCGCACCAGGGACCAAUGGCUGAAGCAGACAUUUGACGAGGCCGACAAGAACGGGGACGGCAGCCUGAGCAUGGGCGAGGUUCUGCAGCUGCUGCACAAGCUGAAUGUGAACCUGCCACGGCAGAGGGUGAAGCAGAUGUUCAAGGAGGCGGACACGGACGACCGCCAGGGGGCGCUGGGCUUCGAGGAGUUCUGUACCUUCUACAAGGUGAUGUCCACCCGCCGGGACCUGUACCUGCUCCUGCUGACCUACAGCGACCACAAGGACCACCUGGAGGCCGCUGACCUCCAGCGCUUCCUGGAGGCCGAGCAGAAGGAGGUCCGGCCGGCUCAUGCCGAGCGCCAGAUCUGCUGCUGCCACCACCCACUUGCUGGGGGCUUCACGGACUACAUGCGCAGCCCGGCGGGCGACAUCGCCAACCCCGAGCACCACGGGGUGCACCAGGACAUGACGCGGCCGCUCAGCCACUACUUCAUCACGUCCUCCCACAACACCUACCUCGCGGGUGACCAGCUCCUGUCCCAGUCGCGGGUGGACAUGUACGCCCGCGUCCUGCAGGCCGGCUGCCGCUGUGUGGAGGUGGACUGCUGGGACGGGCCCGACGGGGAGCCCAUCGUCCACCACGGCUACACCCUGACCUCCAAGAUCCUCUUCAGAGACGUCAUUGAGACCAUCAACAAAUACGCCUUCAUCAAAAACGAGUACCCUGUAAUCCUGUCCAUUGAGAACCACUGCAGUGUUGCCCAGCAGAAGAAGAUGGCCCAGUACCUAACAGAUAUCCUUGGGGACAAGCUGGACCUGUCCUCAGUAAGUGGCGAGGAUGCCACCAUGCUGCCUUCUCCACAGAUGCUCAAGGGCAAGAUCCUGGUGAAGGGUAAGAAGCUCCCGGCCAGCAUCAGCGAGGACGCAGAGGCGGGGGAGGUGUCUGACGAGGACAGUGCGGACGAGAUUGAGGAGGACUACAAGCUGCUCGAGGGCGGCGCCUCCGCCAACCAGAAGCGAGUGGAGAACAUCGCCAAGAAGAAGCUGGACUCCCUCAUUAAGGAGUCCAAGAUCCGGGACUGCGAGGACCCCAACGACCUCACGGUGUCGGCGCGCCCCGGGGCGGGCAGGCUCCGGCGCCAGGCCGAGGGCAAGAGGGCCGAUGACGACGCAGAGUGCGGGCAGGAGCAGGCGGCCAGCAGGCGGCGCAUGGGCGGCUUCUCCAGGCGCAAGAGAAAGAGCAGCAAGCUGAAGACCGCGGCCAGCGAGGAGGAGGGGGACGGGGCCCCGGACUCCCUGGGCGGCCAGAGCCGAGGGUCAGCGCCCCGCCCGGGAGACAGCGGGGUGGACGGCCCUGACCGCGCCCUCCCCGCAGUGGCCCUGAACUACCAGUCGGAGGGGCGUGUGCUGCAGCUGAACCGCGCCAAGUUCAGCGCCAACGGCGGCUGCGGCUACGUGCUCAAGCCGGACUGCAUGUGCCGGGGAAUCUUCAACCCCAACUCCGAGGACCCCCUGCCCGGGCAGCUCAAGAAGCAGCUGGUGCUGCGCAUCAUCAGCGGGCAGCAGCUCCCCAAGCCCCGCGCGUCGAUGCUGGGGGACAGAGGGGAGAUCAUCGACCCCUUCGUGGAGGUGGAGAUCAUCGGGCUCCCGGUGGACUGCAGCAAGGAGCAGACGCGCGUGGUGGAUGACAACGGAUUCAACCCCAUGUGGGAGGAGACCCUGGUGUUCACGCUGCACAUGCCCGAGAUCGCGCUGGUGCGCUUCCUGGUCUGGGACCACGACCCCAUCGGGCGGGACUUCAUCGGCCAGAGGACGCUGUUAGGAAGUGAGCGCGGAGUGCAGGUAACGGCCGGCCCCCACGUGCCCGGGCCGCCCGGCCCAGCCCCGCGGCGCGCAGGGGACUCGGGGCUCAGCGCCCCUCUCGCCCGCAGGCACCCGCCCUCCUCCGCGCGGAGGUCCGGCCCCGCCCUGUGCAGCCUGGAGACCGUCGCCGAGGAGCCGGCCCUGGGCGCCGGAACCCCGCUGGUGGCUGCCCCCCGCGGCUCCUCCCACGGGCCUCGCUGCCACUCAGGACCUGAUGCCAAAGCAGCGUGCCCGCAGGAGGCCCUGGGGGCUUCCGGGCCCUGCCCCACCGCGUGCCCAGACCCCGUGGGCUGGGGCUGGGAGCGGCCGGAGCUGGGCAGCCCCCGGGACAGCGUGUCCUCCGCCUCCAGCGGCACGGUCGUUGACCUCUUCCCGCCAGGCCUGGGCCAUGAGGGCCUGACGGGGGCCCCAGCUGGACGUCUGCCCCCGCGGCCCGGCUUGGCCUGGGCCCCCCGCCUGGACCCACCCACAGUGACCAAGAGCGAAUCCAACCCCAACCUGCUGGCCGCAGGGCAGCCGUCUGCGGGCCGCGGUGAGCCGAGGCCCUGUCCACGGAACCCCAGGCCACCCUGGGGCCGCCUCCCCCUGGUGGGCCUCUGGGAAUGCCCAGUGGGGGCCAAGUCCAAGAGCUUGGGGGACCUGACCGUCGAGGACUUCACCCCUGGCGCGGGGAGCCUGGGCCCGUGCCUGGGGGCCCCGCAGGACGCCCUGGCGGAGCAGCUGUGCUGGCUCGCGGGCUCCCGGCAGCACAGGGACAUCACCUCGGCCAGCGAACUGAACGCACUGGAGCAGGCCUCUGUGGCCAGCCCAGAUCCGUCACCCAAGCGCGGCCACGGGGGACACGGCGGGCCGGCUGCCGGGCGUGAGGCCCUGGAGGAGCCUGAGGACCCCCGCCAGAGAGGCCCCCCGCGGAGGGCCGGCUGGGAAGAAGGCUCUGGAGACCCGCAGCCGCAGCGCCAGCACCGGCCCAGCCAGCGGCCUCUGGGGCCCCGAGCUGCCCACGCGGAGGCAGAACCUCAAGCCGCUUUGACGUCGCUCAACGGGGAGACAAAAAUCAAAGAGAAACGUGGGGGCGGGGGUCAGCAGACCGGUCCCAGUCUCCUCUGCAUGGCCGAGGCGACCACGGGCUGCCUGUCCUUCCCCAGCGCCAGCCCCGGCAGUCCCCAUCGCUGUGAUGGCCAGGCUUUGCGCACCGUCCUGGGUCCCCAGGGCUCCCUGGAACGAGCGGCCCCGCCUUCGCCACCUUAG